AUGCAAUAACUCUUAGUAAAAGUGGAAUUUUUAUAAACGUUCUGAAGUAAAAAAUAAACGAUUCGUUAUAUCUUUAAGUUAAAAGCUAAAUACAUGUGGUUGAAGUUGAUACUCAAAGUAGAUAUCGUCUCGUAUAUUUAAAAUUAAAGCACACUAAAAGCAAUAAGGCAUUGGGUAAAAUUCACAGAAAUACAUUUGACAGUUAAUAAUAUUUUUUUUAGCAUUUCUAAGCUGCCAGAGCUGUCUUAUUUCAUCUGUAGAAUUUGAUUCCAAUCGAAGGCCUAAAUAAACAGCCCGGCUCAGCCAGUAUUCGGAGAAACGAGGCGAGAGCUCUUGGACAGCUGACUCAGUCCAAAGUAGUGGGUUUUCGGAAGUCGCCAGAUACCCCACACCCCUUCUGAUAGCGAACCUGCAACAGAACAGCUAAAUAAAUAGGCGGCGGACGUGAUAGUCGGCUUGCGGACUUGGGAGCCAGCUUGAUGGCUUUCAUUUGCCGUCCGAUCGCCCAGCCAUGCAGAGGAAAAGGAGACUGAUGCGGGAGUACAACUCCUACGAUGACCUCAACGAGCCCUUCCGCAUGUUCGGUUCUCAGUCCCUCGACUCGAUCCAGACCCGGGUCGAGAUGAAUCCCAGUGGAUGCGAUGGCCUAUCUACAGAUGGCUUGGAUUUCUACCCCAGCUGCUCCCAGUCGUAUUCUGGGCUCCUGAGGGAGCAUAACUUUAAGGUGAAGUCGUACUACUACAAUGUGGGCAACUGCGUUCAUUGCAGGAAACGAAUCCGCUUUGCCAUGGCGAGUCUGCGUUGCCGGGCAUGUCCUUUACGCUGCCACAUAGCCUGCUGCCGCCAACUGACCGUUAACUGCAUUCCACAGCCCCAGAUGGGCACCAAAAGCGGAAGCCUCAGUGAUUACGCACCCCAGGUAGCUCCCAUGGUGCCGGCCUUGAUAGUCCAUUGUGUGACUGAAAUAGAGUCGAGAGGCUUGCAGCAGGAAGGUCUCUACCGCGUGUCCUCCACCCGAGAGAAGUGCAAACGGCUGCGGCAGAAGCUUUUGCGUGGCAAAUCGACUCCCCACUUGGGAAAUAAGGAUACCCACACGUUGUGUUGCUGUGUCAAGGAGUUCCUGCGGCUGCUCAUCCAUCCCCUGAUCCCCAUUUACCACAGGCGCUUUUUUGAGGAGGCCACGCAGCUUAGCAAUCCGCUGGCCGUCGAAGAGGCUGUCUACGUAGCGGUACAGGAUUUGCCGCAGGCACACAGGGACACACUGGCCUACCUUAUGCUUCACUGGCAAAGGGUGGCCGACAGUCCCCCUGUCCGGAUGACUGUCAGCAAUCUGGCCGUGAUCUUUGCACCAACCCUAUUCGGUGAUCUGGAUUUGACACUGGAGAAUGUGGUCAUAUGGCAGCAGGUGCUGAAAGUUCUGCUGCUUCUGCCGUCCGAUUUCUGGGACCAGUUCCUGGAGGUUCAUCCCCUGCCCUCCCCGAUGCCCAGCAGCUACGACUUUUAUGAUCGACCCUGGGACCAAUCCUCCCAUCUACGCUGGAGCUCCGUGAAGACCUAUUUUAGAUCCAUGGUGAAUCUCAGCAGCGUCCACAUUUAGCCGAAGGCAGUAGUCGGAUAGUGAAAUUAAUUGAUAGCUUUUGUGAUGAUCAGAGGGUUGGGAAAGAGGGAGAGGCAAUCAUGGCAGUUUUCCUGAUUUUCUUGUAUUUUUAAUGCUUAAAUGGAUACAUUAUACGUUACUGAUGGGCUUAGAGUUAAUAAACAUGGAUCUCAAAAAUAA